CAAUUUUACAGCAUUUCAGAAGCAAACAUAUCCAUUAGCGUCUCAACGGUUCUUGGCAACUCGUUACCAGAAAGGAAAGAACAGGAAAUAUCUCCAAAGAUAGGGUUUUGUUGGAAGAUAUUUUCUGGGUUUAUUUUAUUUUACUUUUUUUUUUUGUAAUCUCUUGUUCCAGGUGAAGAGAGACUGAGAUAGAGAUGGAGAACAAAGACGAACUUGUGUCUGUUGAACUCCCAGCUCCUGCUUCGUGGAAGAAAAUGUUUUACCCGAAGAAGGUGGGUACACCCAGAAAGAAUGAGAUAGUGUUCAUCGCCCCGACGGGUGAAGAGAUCAGCGCACGCAAGCAGUUGGAGCAGUACCUGAAAGCGCAUCCGGGGAAUCCUGCAAUCUCAGAGUUUGACUGGACAACAGGCGAGACCCCGAGGAGAUCAGCAAGGAUCAGUGAGAAAGCAAAGGCAUCUACCACUCCAAUGCUAGAGAAGGAGCCACUGAAGAAGAAACGGAGAUCUUCUCUCACAAAGAAGGAGAACAAGGAGGGUGAAAAGGAUGUUAAAACCGAAAAUGCUGUGGCUGAGAAGGCAAAUGGAGAUGGUGAGAAGGAUGCACAGCCAGAAAAUGCCGAGACUGAGAAGGAGAACAAAGAGGGUGAAAAGGGUGCACAUCAAGUAGAAACUGCUGAUGCUGAGAAUGAGAGCAAAGAUGGUGAAAAGGUUGCAGAGGUAGAAAAGGCUGAAGCUGAGAAGGAGGCAGAAACAGACAAGAAAGAGGGUGAAAAGGAUGAAAUGGAGACAGAAAAUGUUGAGGCUGAGAAGGAAAGGGGUGUACUUGAGGAGAGCAAGGGAAGAACCGAAGAAUCUGCCAAAGAUGAAACGAAAGAGAAGCCGGAAGACGCCACAGAGGGAGAAAAAGAGAAACCCGCAGAGGAAAAGACUGAAGAAAGCGCAGGCAGUGUUACAGCAGAAGCAAACGGGGAACAGAUGGUGACCGAAAGGGAAGCAAACCUUCCAGUAGAAGUAGAGGCAAAAGCAGAUGAAACUCAGAAACCAGAAGCUGCAAUGGCGGAAGCAGAAGAGAAAGGGAAAGAAUUGAAGGGGGAGGACUCAAACGUUAACCUGAAAGAGAAUCAAGAUUAGCCACAGCCACCGGCUUCAGUAAGUUGUUAAACCGCAGCGUUACAGUCUCUUUUGUCUGAUAUGAGUCGUAGAAAUUAACAUUAUGGCCGUCGUUGUAUUCUGUCGUUCAGUCCGUCCGUUGUUUAGAAUUGAAGGGUGUGUCUUUAGGGACUAAACAAAGAUCAUUGACUUUUGUAUUAUGCUGAUGUAAAGUAGGACUUGGACCGUAUAUUUUUAGCCGUAGUUUCGUCUC